CAGACCAGUCUGUGCGCCGGGUUGCGCUCCGCAGCGCCGCGCUCCGGCCGGACGCAGAACUACGAGGACGAGCUGUGCGCCCGGUGAGCGACUGCCGCUGAAGAGACAACACCGCUGUCUGCACUCAGCCUAAACUGUGACCGGUAAUGGACUACAUGAACAACGCCUCAAACAGCUACAGUUCUGGAGACACCAUGAGUGCUUCAUUAGGAAACAUGUCCAUAAACGAUCAGCACCACCAGGAGAAUGGAGUCCAGAUGGGACACCAAAUGAAAGUACGUAGUCUAGCCUUUCCUAGUUUACAACCCUCACUAGUGCACUCGUUCUCCCCGUUUCCAUUUCUUAUUAUCUCACGCACAAGCAGGACGCAGUGCACAGACUCAGACCCACCUGCAAAAGUAAACAACACACUUAUCAACGGUCAAACACACAAGAACGAAACAGUGCUCAGUGAAAAUGGUCUGGAGUCUGGGUCUGAAGUAAAGAGCAGCGUCUGUGAGGAGGAGGCACAGCCUGGUGCCUCUGCAGGGGAGGGUGAGGUGCAUCCUGCAGAAGCAUCUGAACCAUGUGCAGAGAAAGAAGCUGUGUGUGAGAUCUCAGAAAUGCAGAGCGCCUCGUUCGAAGACGAGGCGCCGCUUGGUGUCUCUGGUGAAAAUGAGGGGCCUCCUGCAGGAGGAGCAGCUCCAACAGCAAAGCCCGCUACUGGAGUCCUCAGUGAGUUCGCAUUUGCGGCCGGCGAAUCAAAGCCUUCUGUAGCCGGAUCGAAUGGUGAGGGCAAUGACUUCAUGAGCAUGGGAGCGUCCUGCUCUUUGGACCCAGGAAGUGAGGCAGCCUCCGGCCUGGACGACGGGCGGGUUGGAGAGUGUGGGAAGAGGCUGAGUGACUCUUUAUGGGCCUCUGAAGACAUGCAAGCCAGCAGGGGGAGCUUGAAUUGGACUGGAGUGGCAGAUUCCCAUAGGGCCAUCAGCCUGGAUGCCACAGAGUGUCUGUCUGAAAUCAGCAACCCGUCAGCGGUGUGUUUAGUCCGCAGCACUGCUUUGGAAGACCUGACAUCAAUCGGAGACAAAGGCUUGUGGGUUGAUCCAGGGGAGGAGCUCAUCUCCAGUGAAAACACUAAUGACAGACUGAGUGAAGGUGCAGCUUUAAGGUCCUGCAGUGACUCUGGAGCCCACAGCGUCACCCCAGAAACACAGCCUCACACCCACAGAUUGUCAGGCUCUGGCUUUGAUUCUGGACUAGCUUUCCAUUCAGAAGAACCACCGCCACGCGACCCCUCAUCUCAAGCCCGUAGCUAUAGAAACACUUCAGAUGCGGAUACCCUUUUAACAAAUACACAAUCUGACACGGCAACUGAAAAUAACACAAGUGACUCAUUGUUGCAUAGGGUCGCUGAUUCAAAGUCUGACAUUUCUAAUGACUCAGAGAUGAACAGUGUGGCUCUGACCACGGGUUCAGCAGAGCUCCAGAAAACACGCCAAAGUUCUCCAGCCAGAAAGUCUUUGGUGCCGGUCGCUAUUUUCAAAGCUCAAGCAAAGAUGGAUAACGGCUCUGCAGAGAAGAAACAAACUGCCACCAAAGCAACCUCUUCCCCUAAACGACCACCCGUAGUCACCAAGGGAAGUAAAUUACAUGCCUCCUCCCGAAACGGGCCCAGCUCCAUCCCCAUUAAAACCCGCAGCACAGAGCACGGGCAGCCCACAGCUGGUGUGAAGUCUCAGACCCCAGGAGCCAAAACUGCUGCUAGAACUCAACCAGCUAGUGCCAAGAAACUUCCCACUCCAAAAUUUGAAAAAGAUGCCAAGAGUGGACAGAGCAGCCCCGGUACUCCCAAAUCUCCCUCGAGCCAAGCGCAGUCUGCGAAGUCAUUGGCUGAAGCCAACAAAGUGAAGAAGGUCGCGGUGGUGCGUUCUACACCCAAAUCCCCAGGUUCCCUGAAGAGCCGCCCCCCCGCCCCUCUGGCUGCUGCAGCACCCAUGCCAGACCUGAAGAACGUCAAGUCCAAGAUCGGAUCCACAGACAACCUCAAACAUCAGCCUGGUGGUGGCAGGGUACAAAUCCUUGAUCAGAAGGUGGACUAUAGUACUGUGCAGUCUAAGUGUGGCUCCAAAGGCAAUUUGAAACAUGUACCCGGUGGCGGCAAUGUCCAAAUCCUCGAUAAGAAGAUGGACUUAAGUAACGUCCAGUCUCGCUGCGGUUCUAAAGACAACCUAAAACACACACCUGGAGGUGGCAAGGUUAAAAUUCUUGAUCAGAAGGUGGACUAUAGUAAUGUCCAGUCUAAGUGUGGCUCCAAAGACAAUAUGAAACAUGCACCCGGUGGCGGCAAUGUACAGAUUGUUGAUAAGAAGUUGGACUUAACCAAUGUGCAGUCCCGGUGUGGCUCCAAAGAUAAUAUAAAACAUGUACCUGGUGGUGGCAAUAUUCAAAUUGUGCACAAAAAGAUCGAUCUGAGCAACGUUCAAUCCAAGUGCGGCUCGAAAGACAACAUUCGCCACAAACCAGGUGGCGGAAAUAUUGAGAUAAAAAAUGAGAAGCUGGAGUUUAAAGUUCAAUCCAAGAUCGGCUCUCUGGACAACAUCGGCCAUGUACCAGGAGGCGGGCAGAGGAAGAUUGAGAGCCACAAACUGAGCUUCCGUGAGAGCGCCAAGGCCCGCACUGACCACGGCGCCGAGAUCGUCUCUUUGGAAGACUCCCCCCACCAGCUCAGCACCGUGUCCUCCUCCGGCAGCAUCAACAUGGCCGACUCUCCGCAGCUGUCCACACUGGCCGACCAGGUGUCGGCCUCUCUGGCCAAACAAGGCUUGUGAAUGCACCUUCUCCACGAGACCCCUCCCCCUCUUCUUCCUCCUUCCUCCUCCUCCUCUUCCUCCUCCUCCUCCCCUACCCCUGCCCUCCAGCCACACUACCACAUAGAGGAGUUGUGAUGCCUUCCUCAUGAUUUUCACAAGACUUUUUUAGCAACCCAUCACUGUUUAUCCUUCACUAACCUUUGAAACUGUUCUUGAGGUGUUACUAGUAGAGGUCUUGAGAAAAAAAAAAAAUUAUUAACAAGUAGGCCAACAUUAAUUUGAUUUCACUCUGUGGUCUUUGAUUUAUUUAUUUAUUUGCCAUUGCAUUUACCUUUUGUAAGUGUCCCUUUAAGAGAUUAAGCACCCCCAACAGAUCCGAACUCCUCCUGAGUAAAACUGAAUCCUGGGUAAAUCUGAUGUCAUCUAAGACUUGGUUUCCUGUCACAUUGACUGUAAACCCUGUAGGAAGUCAUGUUUUCAGUGUGUAAAGUCCCCCCCUGAUGUAUUUUUUUCCCUUUUUUUUUUUUUUUUUUUUUUUUUUUUGGAGAACACUACAGGAUAUGGAGUUAGAAACGGUGGGUGCAGACUGUUGGGGUCCAGUUUGUACUAAAGCAGAAGGAACAGUUACAGGGUAUGUGAGGGGUGUCAGAGGGAAAACUGUUGAAGUAGCAACUUAAUGGUUAAGACAGAAAAAAAAUCGCUUUCAGACCUCACCGCUGUCUUUGCUUUGUGUAGUCCCGACAUGUACCGGUGGAAGAGGUUGCACCUGGAUAAAAACAAGAAUGGCUAGAGUAGAAAUGUGGGUUUGUGUUGGGCACAGUUUUAUAAUCGUACUCUGUGGAUAUAUGACAUGUAUUUGAUAUGAAGAAACAUUUGUAUCGUGCCUGCUACUGUCAGUGUUAAUUUUUUGUUACUGCUCUAUUGUAAAUGCGCUAAAGCUCAACUUAAGAGGAGGAGAUAUUAACCUUAAGGCUUUUAAAGUGUAAAUCCCAUGGCCAAAUUAUCAACUAUUUCAAGGAGGAAAUAGAGGUCAAGUGUUAAAAGUGGUUACAUUUUACGCACUAAAAUUUAGGUAGUGUAAUCAUUGCGGUUAUUAAACGAUACUCCAGGUUAGAAACAUAUUUUAAAAUUUGACUCAAUGGUGAAUGGUUUUUUUUUUUGCAAAGCAGAUGGAUGGAUGGAUGGAUGGAUGGGUGGGUGGGUGGUGAUGAUUAUGGAUUUAUGGGUUGACUGGGCCAACAUGAGAUGAGGGAUUUGGUAAACACAAACCAGAAAGCAAAGGGUUCAUUUCCUUCAUCGUACGUUUGUUUGAACCUGAGCCGUGAAGGUGUAGACACAGGGCCGACAGCUGCGUUUUAACACCCCACAGGCUGCAGAUUUCUAUUUCACCUGAGAGACACUCUUUUUUUUUUUUUUUUUCAGUUUAUGACCUUUUCUUCUUCACUGUAAUGAAUCCCGGUUACUUGUAUUUUGUAUUUGUUAAGCAGAAUGAAUACAACCAGUUUCCUGUGUUCUGAAAUUGUACAAGAUUUCGCUGAAUAUAAACACUUGAAAUAAUAUACUCCUGUUAAAAAGUCCCAAUGUUGAUCAUUACUCCGAGUGAUCCAUCACUAUUAUUCACAUGGAUAGAAGUGAAACAGUUUCUUGCAUGCACCCCAUGUAAGAGAAAACUAUCUGCUUGUUGCCUCCCUUUCACAAAGUGGUCUCUGUAUAUCCUGUUUAUAUACUCUGAUUGAUUUGGAAGGAUAUACUGAUGUAGGACUAGAACAAGUGUGUGUGCGUGUGUGUGUGGGCCGACCCUUCACUCACAAACUGGUGAUAAAGACGAAAUAGUGACGUUAAAAAGUCCUAAACUUUGCUCCCUACUGUAUGUUUAACACGUGCUGCCAACAUAGAAAUAAAGUGUUUUAUCUCUAUGAUCGCAAAUGUUACUUUAGCAGACAUGUAGGACUCAAAGGUGUGCUUGCAACAUAAUCUGCAUGCAAAAUUCUUGGUUCUUUCUCACGAAAUAGACCACGUUCAUUUCAGUGUGUAAGAGUGCUGUGCUCAAUGAGGAUGGGAGGUCCUCUCGCCGCACAGUGGUGAUGAAAUGUGAACAGGUAAAGCUUGUGCUUCGGUGGUCCUCUCCACGUAUGUUUGUACUGGAGCUGAUGGAGAGGCUUUUUUUUUGUAGUAACAAAUCUCAUCACCUUUUUGGUUACUUCUGAUGCUGUACAGUUGUGGCAAUGUGAUUGUUAUCGUUAUUGUGCAUUUUAUCAAUAACUGGUUUAUGAUGAUUCUUGUUGCUGUAAUAUGUGUAUUUGAAAAUAAAUGCUAUGAAGUCAC